GUAGAAGCGGAUUUGAGGCUUGCCGGGCGGGCGGCCCGUGCCCUGAGGCGAUUCUUGCAGCCAUGUCGACUGCGAUGAACUUCGGGAGCAAGAGCUUCAAGCCCAGGCCGCCGGACAAAGGCUCCUUCCCCCUGGAUCAUUUCGGUGAAUGUAAAGCAUUCAAAGAAAAAUAUAUGAGGUGUCUACGAGAGAACAGCUUUGAGAACAGCCUGUGCAGGCAGGAAUCGAAGGAAUACUUAGAAUGCAGAAUGGACAGGCAACUGAUGGCUAGAGAACCACUGGAGAAACUAGGAUUUAAAGACCUCAUAGAAGAGAAAUUUGAAGCCAAGAACGAGAAGUUAUAAUGAAAGGAAGACAAUUCCUGGCUGCCUUUCAUGGAACAACAGAUGCCAAGAUGCUGCGCAGGAGGAAUCGAUCAACUCUAAUGUCUCUGGGAGACGUUCCUGGAAGGAUAUGCCUUGGGACAGGAAGAGAUCAAAUUACUAGAGAUGCGCAGAGCUUCAAAAGUGAUUUCCACUAAGGAAAGGACUGGCCGGCAUUGGUGGAUUUUUUGAAGCUUGCCUCUAUCGGAAUGGUUUUGAGAUCAUUAAACACUGGGCUAAAAAAAUUUAAGAAAAUGGUGACGUGGACUUAGCUUUAUUUUUGGGAUCUGAGGCCCAUUUCCACAGGAGCAGCAAGCUAAUCUUUAUGGGUCAACUUUAUGGGUCAACCUGCUGCCAACAGUGCAGGAGUUUCAAAUCCAAAAAGUAAAUAUCAGAACAUUAACAGAAACGCAGAGGAAAAAAUAACAGCAUCUACAAAUACAAACUUAAAAGUAUUUUCAGUCUCUUAAAUGCUGCUUAUGCUUCGUCUAAAACUCCUUGGAUCCUUGACACAAGCAGGCACCUCCGGAUUGUCCUAUGAAUUCCAGUUUAGGUUAAAUUUGGCAGCAUCUUUAUUAAGAGGCAUCUUUCUGAAGCUUGGAACAAAGAGAAGCCUUUUUUAAAAAUACUAAUUUUUCAGUUCCAAAUUUCAAAUGU